AGUGGCGUUUUUCUGUGGGCGCAGGCCGCUUGGCUUCUGCUUUGGUUUCGCGGAAGCGCGGCCCUCCGAGGCCGCAUUCUCCCAGUUCCCUUUUCCGGAACGAAGCGGGAAAUCGUUUUUCAACUCUGCCGGCGCAAAUGACUACUUUGCCAGCACAGUGCUGGGGCUGGCGACAUAGAGAUGGGCAUGACUAGACCUCGGGGCUCAAUUCGGGCUGGUCAGAGGGCUAGAAAGCUGCAAGAUUGGCUUUUGUCCUAAACCAUUUGUAGCUAUGGACUUGCCAGAUAAAAGCCAGUGGGAUGAAACUACCUGUGACCUGGCUGUUUGUCAGCAUCCACAAUGCUGGGCAACUCUCCGCCGAAUUGAGAGGGGCCACCCUCGAAUUCUGGACUCCUCCCGCAAAUCUCCUCUGGAUGCUGAAGACAGACUCCCAGUGCUCACCAUUGUAAACAUCGCAGAUUCCUGCUUCCAGGACAAGAGACUUGCUUGUGGUCAUUCAUCAGGAUUUACCUUCCCCAAGGCUCACUCUUUAUUGUCUCAACGUUCAAAGUUUUACUCCAAAUUUCAGCGCAGGCCUUGGAAGGAUUUACCUGACAGAGACUUAAUACACCCUACUAACAGAUCUCCCAAACUAUCAGUGCUAAAUUUGAAUGAGACACAACUUCCUUGUCCUCAAGAUGUAGGAAAUAUGGAUGUAAUCUGGAUCCCAGAGAAGCAUAUGAGUCCAGCUGAGAAGAAGCAUAUUAUUCGCAGCCAGGAUGGGGAGGUGAAAAGAAAGAAAUCUACAGGUAAACACAAGUCAUCUCGGGACACAAAAGCACAGUCGGGACCUCCAGGGACGAUUGUGCCUCCUCCCUCCCCAGUACAGUUGUUUGAACAACUAAGUUCAGAAUGCGUACCUUUAUGGAACCAGUAUGACAUGUUACCUCAGGAUCUACUGAAGGACCUCUUGCUGGAUAAAGGGAAAACCAUACCUUAUCUGGAGAUGCAGACACAGUUGGCCAUGAUGAAAAAGAAACCUCCCCUGGAAAAGAGCCGACCUGACAGUGCCAUUUCUGCUAAGAUGUAUUUAUCUGUACACCACUGCCUCACCCUGCAAAGACCAGCAUUGAGAUAUCCUGAACAUUUGAAGAAACAACAUUAUAACCUGACAACAGAAGGUUACAGGAAGCAGCAGCGGCAGCAACAGAGGAAGGUGAAGACAGCUACUGGGAAACAGGAGACUAAAAAGAAAUCCAAGAGUGAACCAGGGAGCCACAACACCUCGCAUAAACGUUCCGGUGCCAUGGUUUAUGACCCAUGCUGUGGUCACAGAACUCUACCAGGUCGGGAAAGUGACAAAAAACAGCAGCAGCAGAUGAAGAUAGAAGGCUCCACUUUGAAACAGGAUUCCACAGAGAGACCUCAGAUGGACUGCACUAAGAAAAACCUGGAUUCCUUCCCUGGUCCUGAAUUAUCCACAAUAGGAUGCACUAACAAGGACAUCAGGACUCAGAUGGAGAUUUUGCUGGAAGCCCAAGAGAGGACCCCAAACAGUACUUCUAGAACAGGCUGGAACCCUGAGCUCAAACUGCUGAGGAUUCUUCAGGCCGCUGAUGAAGAGGACGAGGAGAACCAACCCUCUGGGGCACAGAGUGAAGAGUCUCUGGAGGCAUAGGCAGAAGGCAUCGUGGGGCAGCCUUAUUCCAGAGCAGGAUGCUUGGAUUCCUGAGGACAGUGACCUUGGACAUAAGGGCAGGAAGGAGAGGGGACUUCUACUUCCUGGAGCCUCUACCGGGGUCUGACCUUAGGGAUUCUGUUUUCUUCAUUCACUUCUACUUGCUUCUAAAAUAAGCGAGGGAGAAAAAGCCCCACCCCUUUCUAACAGACUCUUUCUCUUCCAUUAGGGCCAGGAUAAUUUCAGUGAUUAAAUACAGCUGCUGCUUAUCAAAAGAUUCAUUUCUCUGUUUCUGGGUCACUUUUAUCUACUCUCUGAAACUGAAAGGUUUCUAGUUAUAGGAAGAUGAAUUUGGCCUGUGGGAACCCCUACUGAGUUGCUUUUCCUCUUAUUCCCUGGAAAUGGUUUAUUUUGAGGAUGGCAUCUGCAUCAUCAUCAAAUAACAUUCAUUGUGCUGUGUGUCAUGUGUAGUAUUCUUUGUGUGGUAGAGGACUUAUAUUAACCUAAAAGAGUCUAAGGAUCCAGUUCCUAAGUUACUGAGUCCACAGGAAAAUUUCAGUGAUGUUCAUAAAGACACAGAAUUUCAGAGUCUCAGGGUUGCUUGUACUUGGUUUUUGGAAGGAUUUCUAAAAAUGUUUUUGUCUUUAAGCUUUUUAGUACAGAAAAAUUUCAAAAUUACAUAAAAGAGAAUAAUAUAAGGAAACUCUCAUGUACCCAGUAUCUUAGAUUUGGGUAUUAAAAGCCUGGACUCCAUGCCCCAUGAGUUGAGGUAAAGGCAGUUGGGGCCCCAGUAUUCUCAGCAGCUCUACCCAAGGUAGAGCUUCCCUCCCACAAUUAGGGGCUGGGUGGAAGAAGAGAGACUCUGCCUAUGGGCUGUACUCACAGAACUUAGUCUCAGCGACAGGUAGCUAUGGGCAGGAUGAGAAAUGACAUUCUGUUCCUCCUGGAAAGUAGCCCUCUGACUUGGAACUAGGGAGCGAGGGAGCCCUGCAUCCUUGGGCGCAGCAGUCUGGAGUCAAGUU